GGAGGUGGAAGCAAAACCACAAAACAUCGUCGUCCUCAGAAGACCGGGAAACGUGUUCGAGUGUUUUGUGUAUACACGUCGACGGCAUGACGUCCCCCACACACACUUAACGACUUAUUCGAGCUGAGUGUGUACUGUGAGAAAGCACGCCGACUACAGCCCAACACAAGUGCCGUUUUGUCCGCCGUAGAGGCACUAAAAUGCGGCGCCGCGUAGCGAAAGCGGCCAUAAGAAGUACUUUGUGAGAGAGUGCGCGAGCGAGCGGGUGCGUGAGCGCGCGCCCCGCCGCGCCACCUGAGCUCCCCCAGCGAGGCAGCGGCGAAGCAAGAUGGCGGCUCAUCCAGGCUACAGUGGCGCUGGCUGCCCACACUGCUGACUUCCUCACUCAGCCGAGGGGGCUCGAAUCCUGCCCGGGACGUCUGCGCAGAGCGAAGGGAAUCGUACGGAAGCACGAUUCUGACCUUUUGUGUGACAAGUGGUCGAAAGUACAUCCUCGGGGGCGAAGAAGUGACGGACAGUGAGUGGGAAAACACAGUGAAGUGGAAGUAACCAGCCGGAUAGGCGACGGCUCUCACUCUGAGGGGGAUGUCUCCUGUCUGGGGCUUCGGGGCAAAAGGGAAGAAAACAUAUGUCAGCGGAUUUUAAACAAAAAUAAGUUCGCAUCACACCAAAUCGCGCGUACCGUACCGUACGUCGUCCGCGGUGUCUCCAGCGCCGGCCGGGACUCGGGAGCGAUGCGAUGGGCUGAAGAAGAGGGGCAGGCCGCAGAUCUGCUGCCACCCACAGAGAGAAGCCGCCCCGAGCUGUAGCUCCCUUCCCCCGUAAGACACCGGCCCGCGCUUGUGCUGUAAGGCGGCACACGGGAAACCGCUCCCGGAACGGCCUUAACAUUUUUUUAUCGCACGCAAAAUCGCUCUUGCCUUGGUGGCUGGCGAAGGACAGAGAUUACCGAGCCAACAAGCCGGCCUUCGUAAACACGGAUUAUCCGAGAGACUGGCUGUCGCACACCUCUGAAUUUAUUUUUCCUGUCAGGGCAAGAGCACUGGACACUCGCCCUUGGAUUACCGCGAGUAAUGGACGGGGAGGAGUUUGUGCCACCGCCCGAGUGUCCGGUUUUUGAACCGUCCUGGGAGGAGUUUGCUGAUCCUCUGGGCUACAUUGCCAAAAUACGGCCCAUCGCUGAGAAGUCUGGCAUCUGUAAAAUUCGUCCUCCAGCAGACUGGCAGCCUCCAUUUGCUGUAGAAGUGGACAACUUUCGUUUCACUCCUCGAAUCCAGAGGCUCAAUGAGCUGGAGGCGGAAACGCGUGUGAAGUUGAACUAUCUGGACCGCAUUGCCAAGUUCUGGGAGAUCCAAGGCUCCUCCCUCAAGAUUCCCAACAUUGAGAGGCGCAUUGUGGACCUCUUCAGCUUGGCCAAGGUGGUGUCAGAGGAGGGCGGGUUUGAGACAGUCUGUAAGGAGAGGCGAUGGGCCCGUGUGGCCCAGAAGCUUGGCUAUCCCCCCGGAAAGAACAUCGGCUCUCUGCUGCGCUCCCAUUAUGAGAGGAUCGUCUACCCAUUUGAGAUGUUCCAGUCGGGCACCAGCCUGCCAUAUAAACCGCGACCAUAUGACAGCGAGGAGGUGGAUAAGGAGUACAAGCCACACUCCAUCCCCCUCCGCCAGUCGGUCCAGCCCUCGAAGAUGAGCAGCUAUGGGCGCCGGGCCAAUCGCCUGCAGCCUGACGGUCCUGAAGACUUGCCCCCCCACCCUCUCACCACUGGCUCUCAACACACCUCUUCGCCGGAGCCCACAGAGGAGGACAUAGAGAAGAACCCUGAGCUGAAGAAGCUGCAAAUAUAUGGGGCAGGGCCCAAGAUGAUGGGCUUGGGGCUGGUGGCCAGGGACAAGGGAGUCAAGAAGAAAGAUGAACUGCCUCAAACAGUGAUUGUGAGAGACAGUAUCACAGUGAAGGAGGAGCCAGGGGAGGUGAGGGAGGCCAGUGACAGACAAGAGAGCAGCGAUGGGCUCCAGCCUCCACCUCCAAAUGUCACCAUCAAGAAGGAGGAAGAUUUUGAUGAGGAGGACAGUGACGGCAUUGGCAAAAACGAGCCCUGUACCAAGAUGACCAUGAGAUUGAGACGCUACCCCAGCAACAUGCAGUUUGUGGAUUCGUUUGUGUGUCGCAUGUGCGGCCGUGGUGACGAGGAUGAGAAGCUGCUCCUUUGCGAUGGCUGUGACGACAACUACCACACCUUCUGCCUGCUGCCACCACUCACCGACCCGCCCAAGGGGGACUGGCGCUGUCCCAAGUGUGUGGCUGAGGAGUGCAAGCGGCCAGCUGAGGCAUUCGGGUUUGAACAGGCCACACGGGAGUACACGCUGCAAAGCUUUGGUGAAAUGGCUGACACCUUCAAGGCAGAUUACUUCAACAUGCCUGUUCACAUGGUGCCCACAGAGCUAGUGGAGCGAGAGUUCUGGCGCCUCGUCAGCAGCAUCGAGGAGGAUGUAACGGUUGAGUACGGUGCAGACAUUCACUCAAAGGAGUUUGGCAGUGGUUUCCCCAUGAAUGAUGGCAAGAAACAGCUCACCCCAGAAGAGGAAGAGUAUGCCCGCAGCGGCUGGAACCUCAAUGUGAUGCCUGUCCUUGAACAGUCUGUCUUGUGCCACAUCAACGGUGACAUCUCGGGCAUGAAGGUGCCCUGGCUCUAUGUGGGCAUGGUCUUCUCUACUUUCUGCUGGCACAUUGAGGACCACUGGAGCUACUCUAUAAACUAUCUGCACUGGGGAGAGCCCAAGACGUGGUAUGGGGUUCCAUCUUCAGCAGCAGAGCACCUGGAGGAGGUCAUGAAGAAGCUCACUCCUGAGCUUUUUGAGUCCCAGCCUGACCUGCUGCAUCAGCUGGUCACCAUCAUGAACCCCAACAUCCUCAUGGCCCACGGGGUGCCGGUGGUCCGGACCAAUCAGUGUGCAGGGGAGUUUGUCAUUACUUUUCCCCGUGCUUACCACAGUGGUUUCAAUCAAGGAUACAACUUUGCAGAAGCCGUCAACUUCUGUACAGCAGACUGGCUUCCAGUGGGUCGCUCCUGCAUAGAGCACUACCGCCGUCUGCGUCGGUACUGUGUAUUUUCACACGAAGAGCUCACCUGCAAGAUGGCGGCUUGCCCAGAGAAGCUGGACCUGAACUUGGCAGCUGCCACCCACAGGGAAAUGUUCAGCAUCGUGCAGGAGGAGAGGAAGUUGCGCAAGGGUCUUCUGGAGAGGGGCAUCACGGAGGCCGAACGCGAAGCUUUCGAGCUCCUGCCUGAUGACGAGCGCCAGUGCGACAAAUGCAAGACCACCUGCUUCCUGUCUGCCCUGGCCUGCACCAACUGCACUGAGCGCCUGGUCUGUCUGUACCACACACAAGACCUAUGCGCCUGUCCCACAGAAAAACACUACCUCAGGUACAGGUACACUCUGGAUGAGCUGUUAGCCAUGCUUCAUCGGCUGAAAGUCCGAGCCGAGUCCUUUGACUCCUGGGCCAACAGAGUGAAAGAGGCACUGGAGCAAGAGGAAGGUACCAAGAUUGGCAUUCAAGAGUUGGAGGCGUUGAAGGAGGAGGCCACAGAGAGGAAGUUCCCUAACAAUGAGCUCCUGCAGCGUCUGAAUGGUGUGUUGAGUGACAUCGAGCACUGCCAAACAACCAGUAAAGAGCUUCUCGCCAAUUCCCAGAGCAGGAGGAUGACACUGGUUGAGCUAAAAGAUCUGGUGGAAAGGAUGCAGAACCUGCCCUGUGUAUUGAGUCAACUGGCUGACGUGCAGGCUGUGCUGGAUACUGUGGAGAAGUUCCAGGCCAAGGCAGAGGCCCUGCUGGGCAGUGGGCAGGACAGCCAAGGCUCACCUCCCCCAGAACAGCUGCAGGCCCUGCUGGAGGAGGGCGCUGCCCUGGCGGCCGAGGCCUCAGCUCUGGAUCUGCUGCGGGGGCUGCAGGAGCAGGGCCGCUGGCUAAGCGAGGUUCGGCGUACACUGGGCCCACGGGGUGGAGACUCCUCUGUCACGCUGGGUGUCCUGCGCGGCCUCAUGGAAGCGGGCUGCAGUGUGCCGCAGAGCGCCGCUGUGGAGACGGCCAUGGCUGAGCUGCAGGAGUUGCUCACCAUCGCCGAGCGCUGGGAGGAGAAGGCGCAGAUCUGCCUGGAGCACAGGCAGAAGCACCCUCUUUCCACACUGGAGGCCAUUGUGACCGAAGCUCAGCUGAUCCCAGUUCAGCUGCCCAAUAUUCUGUCUCUGCAGAGCUGCCUGGGCCGGGCACGUGCUUGGGUCACUGACCUGGAGGAGAUCCAGCAGAAUGGAGAGCACUACCCUUGCCUGGAUGACCUAGAGGGGCUGGUGGCUGUAGGGAGGGACCUGCCAGUGCUCAUGGAGGAGCUGCGGCAGCUGGAGCUGCAGGUGGCCAGUGCACACUCCUGGAGGGAGAAGGCUAGCAAGACCUUUCUCAAGAAGAACUCCCCGUACAGCCUUCUCGAGGUGCUGUGUCCGUGUGUGGAAAUGUGCAGGGGAGCAGGGAAGGGGGUCAAGACUGACACUGACAGCCUGGGCCUCAGCGCACAGGACCUGAGGGACCCUGGAGCCAUAGUGUCUGCAUUCAAAGAAGGAGAGCGGAGGGAGAAAGAGGCUGCACGUCGUCUACAGAAGCUCAAUUUGGCCAAACCAGGACUUGACACGUGCAAGGAGGAGCGGAGGAGAGCUGGUGACGUGGAGCAGGACGUCUCCAUGUCCUCCAAGAACAGAGAGGGGGCCUCCGAGCCCAGCUCAGUCACACCGUACCUCGAUAAUGGAGCCUCAGUCUGUGUGUGUGGCCGCCCACCCCUCACACCACUCCUUCGCUGCCACUUAUGCAAAGAUUGGUUCCACGGCGGCUGCGUGCCCUUCCCCUCCUUGCUGCCCCCGGGCCAAACUGUCUCGGAAGGCACCCUCUGCUGGUGGGACUGGGACACACACUUUCUUUGUCCGCUAUGCCAGCGUAGCCGACGUCCACGUCUGGAGACCAUCCUGGCGCUGCUGGUGGCGCUCCAGCGGCUGCCCGUGCGGCUGCCCGAAGGCGAGGCAUUGCAGUGCCUCACGGAGAGGGCCAUUGGCUGGCAGGGCCGCGCCAAGGAGGCUCUCGAGAGCCCCGAGCUCAAAGGGGCCUUGGAGACUCUCCAGAUUCUGAGGGAGAACCAGGCCAAGGACCACUCCGUCACCGCACCGGUGCAAAGGAACGGAGGAGCGCUGGGGGAGGAGGUGAUUGACCUGACCGAGGAUGGGAGCAGCGCAGAAACAGCCACCAAGAUGGGACCAGACAGCACCGCGGUGAACUGUGAGAACGGACACAGCCGGAAGGAGGACUCACACAACAUCACAGGUGUGGAGGCUUUGCUUCCCCUCAUGGACUCCCUUAGGGGUCCCGUUAUAGAGCUGUCUCCUGCAGUGCGCUCUCAGCUGGAGGAGCUGCAGUUGGAAGGAGAUCUGCUGGAGGUCACACUGGACCAGAUGCGCACGAUUCACCGUGUCCUGCAGGCCGCCUCCCAGCCGCCUCACCACACACUGCACACACUCAUCCAGAUCGAGCUGCAGGCGCAGCGCAGCACUGGCCGGGGAGGACGGACUAAAGACUCCAGGAGGAAAAGGAAGAGUCAGAAGGAGGGAGCUGGGGUUGCAGGGGAAAGCAGUGGUGCAACCACAUCUCAGGAUGCCUCGGGGUCUAAGAAGAUGUGCCCCCCUACCCCUCCUCAAACACUCUCACACACCCACCCAGAGGUCUUUUGACGAGGUGAAGACCAGAGCUGCGGGGAGAACAGCACACAGCUGGGGACACAGCGGACAGAUUGUCACGCUAGAGCAAAAUGGGGGACAGACACAGGCCAUGCCCUUUGACCGGUCCAUUUGCACCCCCAACCCCACUUUUCUUAGCUUCUCUUUGGCUUCCUCUCCAGUAACAGCCCAUCAGCUUCGGGGCCCAACCACACCCCUGGCACCCCCUCUUAAGUUCCCUUCAUCUUGAGCACCUGCUGUGUUUGCCAAGGGCCCCUGACUUUCUGAAAGAGAGGGAGGCUCUCAGUCGGAUUUGUCUUGACUGGUUUUGUGUUCUGGUACCAGUGUUGAGACCCGCUCCGUCUCCCCCCAGUGUCUGACAUCUGUCUGUGUGUACCCUGUACUCAUCUAAAAUGUAUUUGGCGCUUUUAGUUAACGACACAAGUGUUGGUCAGUGUUUUGUAUAGGGCAACUUCAAACCAACACCGCACACUUAACCCCACUCAUUGACUUGGAAAGUUAUUUUUUUAUCUGUUUUUUUGAGGAUGUAACAGAACAAGCAUGGUGACACAUCAUGCUGAUAACUUGUAUUUUUUGUAUUAGGUCUCGUGUUUGUGGAGGCCAUCAAAAGAGGGGAAAAACAUUUGGGAAGCUAAACAGGCAUAGAUGUUUUUGGUGCUACUUGACUUUCCCAAAAUGUCUGCUUACCUGGUUCUCUCACCCUUUAAUCGCCUGACUGUUCAUGUUUUGUUACGUCCUGUUGUCUCCUC